CAAGAAAGUUUUUGCUGAUCCAUCCUGCUGCAUUUUCUGCUCUAUUAAUACUCCUCUUUCUCUCCCCUCUCUGCCACUUAAAGUUCCAUCGUUCCCUUUGUUUUGUGACUAAAAAAUUGUAGCUUUCUUGUGGGCUUUCUCUCCCAUUGCUUACACCUCUCUGUCAUGUAAUUGGCGGCAUUUUCAUUUUUCCCACUUUUCUCUUCGCAUUCUUAGCUUUUUUCUCAUUCUUCACGGGGCAUCUCUUCUGUCAGGGUUUUCUCUAUCUCAGCGAAGCUCUUAGCUUUAUUGAAGAUGAGCCUCAUUAUUUGUUUUUGUUCUUCCUUUUGAGGUUGUCUUGGGUUUUUGUUUUUUAUUUUUCUUUGAAUUUUCACCCAAUGGAGAGCUUUCAGAAGUUGCUGUUAUGGGUUCAUUUAAUGGCGCUUCUCUUUGUGGGGUUAUUUCUCUCCACUCUAUGUCAGGAAGAUUCAGAUCAGGCAAUUGCAGCUGUGUACAUUGUUACUCUAAAGCAAGCUCCUUCUGUUCAUCAGUAUGCUCAAGAGCUUAAAACGUUGAAUGAUAAGCAUCAUUCCAUUAACAGACAUGGAAAUUCUAGUAGAUUAACUAGAUUUCUCAAACCAAGGAAUGCUUCAAGAUCCCAUCUGAGCCCUGAUUCUUAUAUCUCUCGAGUUCAUGAUUCAAUAUUAAGGAAGACAUUGAAGGGGGAGAAGUAUCUGAAGCUUUAUAGCUACCACUACCUGAUUAAUGGCUUUUCGGUGCUCAUUACCCCACAACAGGCAGAUAAGCUUUCAAGGAGGAAAUUAGUGGCAAAUGUAGUUUUGGAUUUUUCUGUUAGAACUGCAACUACACAUACUCCACAGUUCUUGGGUUUGCCACAGGGUGCCUGGGUUCAAGAAGGUGGAUAUGGAACAGCUGGAGAAGGAAUAGUGAUAGGGUUUAUUGAUACGGGUAUUGAUCCAACUCACCCAAGUUUUGCUGAUGAUGUAACUGAACGCUCGUAUCCAGUCCCUUCCCAUUUUUCGGGCAUUUGUGAGGUUACCCGGGAUUUUCCAUCUGGUUCAUGCAAUAGGAAGCUCAUUGGUGCCCGGCAUUUUGCGGCCUCUGCUAUAACAAGAGGAAUUUUCAACUCAAGUCAGGACUAUGCUUCACCAUUAGAUGGUGAUGGCCAUGGCACGCACACAGCUUCUGUUGCUGCAGGAAACCAUGGUAUUCCAGUGGUUGUUGCUGGAAAUCACUUUGGAAAAGCAAGUGGGAUGGCUCCUCGUUCACAUAUUGCUGUUUACAAGGCGCUGUACAAGAGCUUUGGGGGGUUUGCUGCAGAUGUUGUUGCUGCCAUAGACCAGGCAGCGCAGGAUGGAGUUGACAUUAUAAACUUAUCAAUUACUCCCAACCGGCGUCCUCCUGGUAUUGCAACCUUUUUUAAUCCCAUUGACAUGGCCCUGCUAUCAGCUGUAAAGGCUGGCAUUUUUGUUGUGCAAGCUGCUGGAAAUACUGGACCUUCGCCUAAGAGCAUGUCUUCCUUUAGUCCAUGGAUAUUCACUGUAGGUGCUGCCUCUCAUGACAGAGUUUAUUCAAACUCAAUAUAUCUUGGCAAUGAUGUUGUUAUUCCUGGAGCUGGACUUGCACCGGGAACUGAUAAGGAUUACACUCUGAUUUCUGCACUUCAUGCUUUGAGCGAUGACACAACUGUUGGUGAUGAUAUGUAUGUGGGUGAAUGCCAAGAGUCAAGUAACUUCAACAAGGAUAUGGUCCGAGGAAAACUCUUGAUUUGUAGCUACUCAAUUCGGUUUGUGCUUGGGCUCUCUACUAUCAAACAGGCAUUAGAAACAGCAAAAAAUCUCAGUUCAGUGGGUGUUGUGUUUUACAUGGAUCCUUUUGUGAUUGGUUUUCAGCUUAAUCCAACUCCAUUGAGAAUGCCUGGCAUCAUAAUUCCAUCCCCAGAUGGUUCCAAGGUUUUACUCCAAUAUUACAAUUCUUCUUUGGAGAGAGAUGAACAUACAAAGAAAAUUAUCAGAUUUGGAGCAGUGGCAUGCAUUUCGGGUGGGCUAAAAGCAAACUUCAGUACCCCAGCUCCAAAGGUUAUGUAUUAUUCUGCAAGGGGACCCGAUCCAGAGGACACCUUCCUUGACAAUGCUGAUCUAAUGAAACCCAAUGUGGUUGCUCCUGGAAAUUUUAUUUGGGCUGCUUGGAGUUCUCUUGGCACCGAUUCAGUUGAAUUCCAAGGUGAAAGCUUUGCAAUGAUGUCUGGAACUAGCAUGGCUGCUCCUCAUGUUGCUGGGCUUGCUGCACUGAUUAAGCAAAAAUUCCCCACUUUUAGUCCUUCAGCUAUUGCAUCUGCCCUUUCAACUACAGCAACUUUAUAUGACAAGGAGGGAGGACCGAUAAUGGCUCAGCGGAAUUAUGCCAAACCAGAUGAAAAUCAGUUGCAAGCAACACCAUAUGACAUGGGAAGUGGGUUUGUCAAUGCAACUGCAUCACUGGAUCCGGGUCUUAUUUUCAAAUCUAGUUACAAUGAUUACAUGUCAUUUCUCUGUAGCAUUAACGGAUCUCAGCCAGUGGUCUUGAAUUACACUGGUCAGAGCUGCUGGACUUACAAUUCCACCAUCACCGGUGCUGAUUUGAACUUGCCAUCCAUUACAAUUGCAAAACUUAUUCACUCGAGGACAGUCCAGAGAAUUGUAACCAACAUUGCUGAUGAAGAUGAGUACUAUAGCAUUGGUUGGAGCGCUCCAUAUGGAGUCUCCAUCAAGGUGUCUCCGUCUCAUUUCUCAAUAGCCAGUGGCAAAAAACAGGUAUUAAAUGUAUUCUUCAACGCGACGAUGAGCAGUACAGUAGCGAGCUUCGGAAGAAUUGGACUGUUUGGACAUAAAGGGCAUGUUGUAAACAUGCCAGUGGCAGUGAUAGUUAAAAUGUCAUAGAUUGGCACUAAUAGGUGAGCAUUUGAAAAUGUGUUUAUCAUUUUCGUGGUAGUGUUUCGUAAAUUUGUUUGAGCAACACUGUAUGCACUCAAUUUUGAGUAUCCAAUUAUCUAAUUGAUGUGUCAUCAUGUGAAUGGGUAUUGUCUUAUCCGUAAUUCAAAAUCACUCAAUCAUAUAAUGACACGUCAUCUAGGUACGUAAUUGAAUACUCAAAAUAGGGUGUACAUAGUUUUAUUGAUUUUAAUUUUGUCAAUUGAUUAAUUCAUUCAUUAUUAUGUAUUGUAAUGUAAAUGUUAAGAUCAAUAAUUCUAGCAUUAAUUGUUUA